UUUCCUUUACCUUACCCUACCUUCCAUUAUGAACCCCUCCUUCACCUCUCCCAAGCAAAGCCUUUGGUGAUAUUAAGACAAAGACGAAGAAGACGAAGACAUCGCCAUGGCUUCCUCCACGGAGAUGAAGAAGACCAUUACAUGCAGAGGAGCUGUUUGUUGGGGAACCUCAAGAGCCACUGACGGUGGAGGAGAUCCAGGUUGAGCCGCCGCAUGCGUAUGAGGUUCGCGUCCGUAUGCUGUGCGCCAGCGUUUGCCACACUGACGUAAUACGAUGGCAUGGUUUUCCCUUUCCACUGUUCCCUCGAAUUUUGGGCCAUGAAGGAGUUGGAGUUGUGGAGAGUGUUGGUGAAGGAGUGGAGGAGCUGAAGGAUGGAGAUACUGUCAUUCCGGCCCUUAUAGCCGAGUGUAAGGAAUGCUUGAAUUGCAGUUCUGGGAGGACCAAUAAAUGCUUAAAGUUCCCUGUUUCUCUGAGUGGCCUUAUGCCUGAUCAAACAUCUAGGAUGUCUGUGAAAGGCCAAAUGCUUUACCACAUGUUCACUUGUUCUACGUUUUGUGAGUUUAUGGUGGUGAAUGUUAACUUUGUUGUCAAGGUUGAUCCAAAAUUACCUCUGCCACAUGCCAGCCUUCUUUCUUGUGGUUUCUCAACUGGGUUUGGCAUGCCAUGGAAGGAGGCCAAGAUUGAGAAGGGAUCAACUGUUGCAGUGUUUGGUCUUGGAGGUGUUGGGACUGGGGCAAUUGCAGGAGCUCAUUGUAUGGGAGCAAGCAAAAUAAUUGGGGUGGAUUUGAUUCAAAAUAAGAAACAGACUGCAUAUGCAUUUGGGAUGACAGACUUUAUCAAUCCAAAUGAACUUGAUGGAAGAUCAAUUUCGGAUGCAAUUAAGGAUAUGACAGGUGGGUUGGGUGUCAACUACAGCUUCGACUGCACUGGAGUUCCUUCAGUUUUUAAUGAAGCCAUUGAAGCAACCUUAGAGGGAACAGGAGUGACUGUCAUUGUGGGCACUCCAAAGGAGCCAACAGUACCAUUCAGUCCUGGUGCACUUAUUCAUGGCGUGAGAACAUUGAAAGGUUCCAUCUUUGGUGGGAUCAAACCUCAAUCCGACAUGCCUGCCUUAAUUGCCAAGUGUGUGAACAAGGAAUUUCAACUUGAUAGGAUGGUGACCCACAAAAUUGCUUUGGAUGAUAUAAAUGAUGCAUUUCAACUCAUCAAACAACCAGAUUGUCUCAAAGUGUGUAUUGAAAUUAAUGGCAAGAGUGCAAGCUAGUUAAUAAAACUAGGCAGUAAAUGACUAAAUUCCCUUGUUUAGGCUCACAAUGUUAAAGCAAGCCAGUUUGCACCUUUAUCUUUAUUUGUAAAACUUUGAUAUUCUCGUUAUUAAUACGCACUAUAUGUAUAUGAUACACUUUGUUUGUUUGUGUUUAGUGCUC